UAUCGCCGACUUUACUUUUGUUCAACCAGAUCAACAACAGAAUCAGUUUGUUUGUAAAUUCGCUGACACCGAACAGAGGAAAUGGGCAGAUAUAAAUGUGCAUACAACUGCGAAAGCGCCAACGAGUCAGAUGAGAAGUUUUUCAAGUUUCCACUUUACCAUUCCCGAAAACUUAAGAAGUGGCUCGCCAACAUGAAGUUAAAGGACUGGACUCCAUCCCGCUUCUCUGUGCUGUGCAUCAAUCAUUUUGAAGAGAAAUGCCUCGACAGAACAGGCAAAUGUGUGAAACUCAGAGAUGACGCAGUUCCCACAAUAUUUUUGUCACCUGCCAACACACAGAAAGGGAAGGCCUCCACCAAACCAAGAAGUAAGAGAAACAGGCCACAGCGUAAAGGAACUCACAAAGCUCAGUCUCCAGUAACCUCUCCUGCCACAACAAAGCAAAGUGAAGACAGCAAAGAGAGCACGAGUCUGACAGAGCAAGAGUCUGCAGGAGACACGAGCUUACUGACGUUUGGCAAAUGGAGAAUAAUAGCUGAUGAAGGGCUGAUGAUGAUUGAGUCGUUUCCAAAUUUCUUCCAUGGAGAUUACUGUGCGUCACGGGAUAUUCUGUGGGCUCCAGAUGAUAAUGUUAUUAUAGAAAAUAAAGAUCCUGAAAAUGUGAUAGAGGUGACAGAGCCAUGGCAGUGGCUUGGUCUGGAUGUCAGAGGGCCGCUGCCCAAAACACUGAAUGGACACCAGUACAUUUUGACCAUGACAGAUUAUUACUCUAAGUGGGUGGAAGCGGUGCCGAUGCAGUUGUGCCUCCCUCCCAAUGUGGCGAAACACAUUGUGGAGGUCAUUGCUCACUUUGGAUACCCAGUCAGAAUCCUCUCCAGACUGCCUCAUGAUGUAGUCCAAAAAAUAAAUGGACUAUUGAAAAAUGAGCUGAAUCUCACCAUCGCUCUAGUCGUCUAUCAUCAGCAGACUGGUACUGCAGACCUGAUCACACAGCAUCUGAUUAACAGGAUGGUAAGUGACCUAAUAGAGGAACAUGUGGCUGACUGGGAUGUUCACCUGCCUGCCAAGGUUUUCAGCCUGUGUUGCAAAGAACAUUCAAAGACCAAGGAGAGGCCUUUUUCAACGCUCUGCUGUACGGGACUGGAACCAGUCCAAACACCAAGAGGACUGGAUUAUGUUUAUUCCAAGAUUCAAGAGAGUGCUUUCGUGGUUAGAUAAAGCCUGAUGGGUCAAUGAAAGAGGAAACCAAACCGGACAAAGAGAAACAAGGAGGAAGACGAUUGUUGUGCUUAAGUAACACUGUACUGGUAAUGAAACUACAUGGUAACUGGAAUUUUUGACCAGGAUGUGGACUUUACUGAUGAGACAUAUACUUAAGAGAUGUCUUAGAAAGUCAACUGAUUUUGUCCAAAUAUGUUUUCCUUUUUUUGGGGCAAUUAACUCAGCUAUGUAAAGCCAGUUUCAGCUCAGAUUUUGAGGGAUUUCACUAAGUGUGAGUCAAUCUUAUUCCAACCCACUCCAGAUGACAAAUUAAAGGCAGCUGUACAUUAUUAUUUUUGCUAUUAGAAAUGUCUGUGACAUUCAAACCAAUGCUGACGUGACUGAGGCAGAACAAGCGCACAGCAUGUGUAAAGUGAGACAACUUCAAACAGCAGCACUAAAACACCAAGGAGUGACCACUAAACGUGUCAAAAGUGGCGUUUUUAGUGGGAGGCAAAGCUGAACUUUCAGUACAACAAUCAUAUUUUAAAUGCCAAUCAUUAUUUUGGCCUCUUGUGAAAGUUAUUGUGCAACACUGAAAAUGCACUGAAAACUGUUAUACUGCACAUAACUUAAUAAAGUACCAUAGAAACACUGAUGGAGGGAGGUACACAGACAGUUAAUACUGAGGUAAUUACUCACUGGAGCUUUAAAUGUCAACCACGUCAAAUAAACUGCUUUCUUGUUUUGA